GGUACACGUCACAAGCAAGGAAGCGUGUUCGCUUUGUGGACGCUUGAAAAGUCUCAUCAAGUGUUGUGUUCUGGUGGAAUAUUUAGUUUAAAAUGGGAAAGGCGGAAUUUUUAACCCCGAAGGCGAUCGGGAACAGAAUCAAAGCUAAAGGCUUGCAAAAACUGCGCUGGUAUUGUCAGAUGUGUCAGAAACAGUGUCGAGAUGAAAACGGGUUUAAAUGUCACUGUAUGUCCGAGUCUCAUCAGAGACAGCUAUUGUUAGCUUCAGAGAAUCCCAACCAGUUCAUGAGCUACUUCUCACAAGAGUUCAAAAGCGAGUUCUUAGAGCUGCUCAGAAGACGUUUUGGAACCAAACGAGUUCAUAAUAACAUUAUCUACAAUGAGUAUAUCAGCCAUCGGGAACAUAUCCACAUGAACUCCACACAGUGGGAAACCCUCACUGAAUUCACCAAAUGGCUUGGGAAAGAAGGUUUCUGCAAAGUAGAUGAGACACCCAAAGGCUGGUACAUCCAGUGGAUUGAUCGUGAUCCGGAAACGAUACGUAGGCAGGAAGAGCUGGAGAGGAAGAAGAAACAAGAUUUGGACGAUGUAGAACGCAGUGCGAAGUUCAUCGAAGAACAAGUGCGCCGCGGCCGAGAGGGCAAAGAGCCGGAGGAGGAGCCAGUAUAUACCGAACUGAAGAGGAUGAAUGAAGAUGAGAAAAUUGCUUUCAACCUGGACAAUGCAGCAGCUGGGCCUUCCAAAACAAGUAUAAGUCUGGGAAGUAGCGGCCUCAAAGGGACCACCUCAGUUAAAAGGAAAGAGUCCUCUCACAGUUCAGACUCCAAAGACAAGAAGAAGAAAUCUGCCCUCGAGGAGAUAAUAGAGAUGGAGGAGCAGAAGAAAAAAUCUGUCCAGUCGGAUCACUGGAUUCGACCAAACAUCGUAGUAAAAGUGGUAACAAAAAGACUAGGAGAGAAGUAUUUUAAGAAGAAAGCCAUCAUUCGAGAGGUGCAGAAUAGGUACACUGCCAUGGUGAAGAUGAUCGACUCUGGAGACAAACUCAAACUGGACCAAAGUCAUGUGGAAACGGUCAUUCCAGCACCUGGCAAGCGAGUUUUGAUCCUAAACGGUCAAUAUAAAGAUACAGAGGCCAUCCUGGAAGGCAUAGACGAGCACAAAUUCUCUGCAACACUCGUAUUAGACUCGGGUCGGAUGAAAGGAAAGACAGUGGAGAGGAUUGCAUAUGAGGACUUUUCUAAACUGGCUUGAUGGUCAUCUUCAUGCCAGAGCGACUCUACUGUGUCUAAGCGUAAUCUAGAUAUUAAUAAUUUUGCAUGUACAUAAUA